GUUUCGUUUUGUACGUCACUGGGGCGUGGUGAAGUCUAAACGUGUCCAAGUCACGAGUCUAAAAAAAUACUGAAGUGUGUGCCGUCGAUGGCCGUUCUCACGUUGUGUAGUUUAAUGUAAACUCUUCGAAAGCAUGCCAUCUCUAUUCACCGUCAUCGGUAUUACAGCUGGGGCAGCUGGUGCUGUACUUCUGACCCCGGUGGCACUCGGGAUCGCUGGUUUUACGGGCGCCGGUAUCGCAGCAGGCUCUACGGCAGCUGGCAUGAUGUCAUCAGCAGCCAUUGCCAAUGGGGGCGGUGUGGCUGCGGGAAGUUUGGUUGCAAUCCUCCAGUCAGCAGGUGCUGCUGGUUUGUCUGGAGCAGCAACAGCUGGUGUGGCAUCUGUGGGUGGUGCCACAGGAGCUCUAGUAGGUGGAGCAGUUGAUUUGUUCAAGCGAAAAUGAGAAACGCACUGGAGUCCAAAGAGCUUCUGAUCACAGCCAGCUACUAUGAAAAGAGUUUAGCACCAGCUUCUCUGUGUUUAAAGUAAUUGCUUGUAGCUUGAUUUUAAACUUUCAUUACAUUUUGAAAAUAAGAAUGUAACCAUCCGAAACACAUAUAGAAAAAUCUGUGAUUCGCCACCUUUCUUAACAAAAUUACGGGGUCGUUCUAAAGCUCCAAGUCACAUUAAAAUGUGGUGGUAAAAUGUAGAUUAAUGUUCUAACAGAAAUUUUACAUUGUAUUUACAUCCUGUUCAUUAUUAUUAUUCACUGUUUUGCAAAGAUUCUGAAAAAUAACUAUUUUAAAUGAAUCCAUGUGGUGAUCUUGUGACCAGUUACAUUUAUAGACACUUUGCAAUUCACAGUUACUUGCAAAUGAUGAACAGCACAAACACAUGUAUUUAAUCAAGGAGAGAAUAAAGUUUCAAUACGGAGUUUUGAAGCUGACCAGAAGGGUACAAUACACGCAAAUAUUAUCUUAAAAAUAAAGGUUCUUUAUUGGCAUCUGUGGUUCCAUGAAAAAAUUUGUAACAUCCUAAUGCACAAAAGGUUCUUUAUAGUGGGAAAAAGUUUCUUACAACAAUUCAAUUGUUCGUCAUAUAAUAACAAUAAGGGCUUUUUAGAAACUCAUUGAAAGGUUCUUUGGGGAACCAAAAUCAGUUAUUCCACGGCUUUGCUGCAAAAACCCACAUCAGGAAUCUAAAUGGCUUCCAAAAUUUGAAUGUAUUUUUUUGAAUAGCUUCUAGAAAAACUUUGCUCUCAAGUGUUCUUUGAUGUCAUUAAAGUAUUGUCUACAUAGAAA